AUGAGCGCAGGUGUUCCCACCAUGCCAUAUUCACCUACCAAGCCCAUCAGAGCCCGGCAAGAGAAAUGGCUUGACAAACAAUGGGGAGGCAAGUCUUGGCUCCUCGACGACGUCCGCAUCGCGCAUGAGAACCCCCCCAAGCAGAAUGAACUCAGUAGCAGUGCAGUCGACUCCCUAGUCAAGAUCACAAAAUUUGCCCAAGAAAAACGCAUCGAGCUACCAUCCUUGUGGAGUCAGGUACCACCCUACAAUGUCCUUUGGACCGGUGUUAGUCGGCAUCCGAGAGAUUCUCUCCGAUUAACCAAGGAGAUCGCGAGAGCAGCUCUCAGCAAUCUCAAGGCAAUCGUGCGUUCUCAAAGUGCUCAAGAGGCUGGCGGCCCAUCGGAGAUGAUUGUUCUAGAGUCCCGAGAGACUGAGCCUGAGUCCUGUAUGUACGUCGGAAGUGACCGCGUUGAAAGCGACAGCAGCGAUGAUGAGGAUAUCGAGCCCGUCCUCAAGAUCGCGCGAAGCCCAAGCGUCAUCUUGGGAGGUUGCCCCGGAUCUCCGGUCAAAUCGCCAACCAGAUCGCCAGCCAAGGUCUCAGGUAACAACGACAAGAGAAUCUCUCCAAUCUCCGCUUUCAGUUACCAGGAGCCCCGAGAGAGUAAACCUGCUGUUUCGAAUGCAGUCUCUCUACCUCUGACCCCACACACGAACACUUCUCGCCAUUCCACCCAAUCACCAGCUGCUACUUCGUUCAAGCGCAAGAGAGAGAAAGAACCCAGCGUGAUGAGCCCACAGCGAUCCACGAAGCGUGCCGAAACUUCGAAGGUAAAAGAAGAGGAUGUGGUUGACCCAGCCACCACUAUUUAUAAACAGCUCACCAGCAAUGUGAAGCUCAUGGAUGUCACGCUUCAAUUCCUUACAAAAGCCCUCGUUUCUUGGUUGCCACUGGAGCAAGGCAAGGUCAAAAUCCUCGACCCUCUCUGGUUCAAAGUCGACGGUACGACUGCUGGCCACAAGAUCAGGCUCGAUGGGUAUACCAUGAUUUGCUUCCCAAUUCAUCACCAAAAGCCCAAGCAUUGGACCUUGGCUAUUGUCGAAAUCGACCAUGAUGCGAACUCAAUGAUAUUCAAUCACCAUGAUUCGAGUGAGGGCGAAGACCGGUUCAAUGCUGUUUGCGAAAGCUUCCAGAAAUGGAAUGAGACCGCCGGACAUAAGUUCCAGCUGCGGUUCAACAAUGUCACAUCUUGUACUCCACAGCAGGAUAACAUCAGCUGCGGAAUUCACGUCCUCUCCUGUCUACGGCACGCCCUGACAAACAGACACUGCCCCCAAUCGCUCAACCCGAAUGCCGAGCGCAGAUUCUUCAUUCGAAAGAUCAAGGAAUCUCACUCUUACGAUGGCGACUAUCCCCUACAAGAAGUCAAGAAGAGAUUCGAAAAGCAGGAGCCAGGAAUGCUAGCGGAAUCAGUUCGAAAAAGGACCCCCGAGUCCCUCGAAGCGGACAGACACCUUGCUGCUAUUGCCGCCGAACGCGCCGGUGAUGGCCUAAGAGAUGCCCAGGCCACACUGAGCCGCCUUAUAGUCGAGCAGGCCACUUUGGCCGAAGCGAUAACUCGCCUGGAAGCUGCUGUCGAGACUAAACCCGAGCCCAAUAGCCAUUUGAGCCUCGAACCCUUGGAUCGUCUGCGUGGUGACAACCAAGAUGAGCUUUUUGCCCACAUGAGCCAAUACAGCAAAACGCUUAUGGAUCAGAGCUUCGCCAAUGGGUCUAAGAUAGGCAGAAAGAUCCUCCAAGAACAUUACGAGGAGAUCGUGGAGAAGUUGAAGCAAGCAGAAAAGGAUGUUGCUCAGAAACAAGAGGAAGUUGAUCAGGCAACAAAGGAUCGGGAGAUUAAGGCUCAGAUGUGCGACUUGAAGAAGAACAUGAGCAACAUUUUGAACCUGAAUGGGUCUUCUCUUUGGGACACUUGGUUCGAGCGGGCUUCGAACUAG